AUGGCAGGAGCAGGAACAACAUCUGCAAGUGACGAUCAUCUCAAUGAACUCGCAAUUUCAAUACACAGGGAAUUUGAGGGACUAUCACUGCCAUCCGACUGUUGCAUCUUCACCAUUCCGGAGAGGCUCCGGCGAAAAAAUGAAGAGGCCUACACACCCUGCGUCGUCGCGAUCGGACCUUAUCACCGUCGCAAUUUAAGCCUUAUGCCGAUGGAAGAUUACAAGCUGCUUUACUUGCAGAAUUUCCUCCAGCUCAACCAGAAUUACUGUCUCGAGGACUACAUUGAGAGGGUCGAGUCCCGGGAGGAUGAGGCCCGGAACUGCUAUGAUAAGCAGAUCAACCUCAACUCUGACCAAUUCGCCAAGAUGAUCCUUCUCGAUGACAUCUUCGUGAUCCAACUCUUACUGAUAAAGGGGGGCCGUCGGAGGAUGCUGCCCAAUGACCAGAUCUUUGGCAAGCGGUGGAUGUUGACUGAUAUCUUCGACGACAUGGCACUGCUGGAGAACCAGAUUCCAUUUUUCGUCAUCCAUCGGUUGUUUGAAAUGACGUUUGGAACGCACCAGUAG